CCCACCCCUACUGCCUAGCAGCAUGUGAGUGCGCAAUAUUGCUGGAGCGAAGUGGGGAACCUGCAAGCUUUUUGACCAAAAAAUAAUAGCAGAAACAGCAUACAGCGUAAGGAUGGAGGAAGCAGAUCAAGGUGCUGUGAGACCAGACUCUAUCCCAGAAAUAGGGGAGGAUGCAGUGACGUCAGUGACCGUGUCCCCUUCCAUCCCCACCCUGACAGAGGAGGAGCAGGAGGAGCUACGAGAGGAGCUGCUCAGGGUGGAGGAUGAGAUCUUGACUCUGUCUCAGGUGCUGGCAACUAAGGAGAACCAGUUGGCAGACAUCAAGAGGAAGCUGGGCAUCACUCCUCUCAACGAGCUCAAACAGAACCUCAGCAAGAGCUGGCAAGAGGUCACCACCUCUACAGCCUAUAAGAAGACGUCAGAGGGCCUGUCUGUGGCCGGUCAGAAGGCCACAGCAGCCUUCAACAACAUGGGCUCAGCUAUCAGCAGGAAGUUUGAGGACGUCAGGAACACACCCACCUUCAAGUCGUUUGAGGAGAAAGUAGAGACUUUAAAGGUCAAGAUGAGCCCGGCGGCGUCUCAGGGUGACUUUGGCGACGUGUUGACCUCUACAGCAACCUCUGACCCGUCUGUUGUCGUGGAGAAACAGCCAGAGGCCACGCCCAUCGCCCUCCAGGAAGAACAUCUCCAGUGAGACCAGCCUGACCUUUCACCCCUGACCCCUAGCCAGAUUGACAUCCGCUGGAACUAUACUCUCUCUCACUCUCACUCACACCUCCCGUCUUCACCUCCUCUCGCUACAAACCCACACAACAGAUCCAACAACCAAAAUAAAUAAAUAAAAUGAUGAAAAUAUUGUUGACACCGACACUUAAGUUUGUAUGACUGUGUGUUUGUAUUAGAAUGGACGUGGUUUAGGAACCUGCACAAGGAGAAGACAAUACAUGGCACACAAAGGAUAGAAUGUGUCACAGCCAAGGGUGCUUUAUUCUGUUUAUUAAUAGCACAGAGCUCUUAUAUUUGCAUGUCUUUGAGUUGGAACAGGUAUUUUGGAGGGUACUUCAAUUUCCCAUUUUAUUCUUAAUCACUGUACUACUUUAAGAUUUGAUAACUAGAGAACGCAUGGUCCUCUAACACCUGAAGUGAUGGGCUCGGUCUCAUACCAUUUAUUUGGUAACAUUACUCUCACCGAUAUCUUCAAACCGUGUCCAUCUCUGUCUGAAUAGCACUAGUAAUGUGGUGUCGAGCACAGCUGAGUAGAGUUAAUCCCAGAUCAGUGUUGCUCACACACUUCUCUCACAGUUUAACCACAGGGGGGUGAUCUAAAUCUGACCUCCAUGCAGUUCAUAGUGCUCAACUCUGACAUUCGAGAGGGUGUGCCAAUGCAUUCAGAUCUGUGUGAAAUGGUGGUCACAGCAGCAGAUGCAUGGGUUCCUAUUAUGAUGUCAGCAGGCCUUAACUCUUCGUCCGGUCUAUAUCACUCACUGCAUCGCGUGGUGGGGCCAAAGUCAAUAUUGGACCACUUGUCUCAUUGGUAUCUGUGAGGGACUUGGCUAUUUUCUCUCUGCUUGGAAUGCUGAAACAGGAUAGUCACUGGAUGCUGUGUACUUCUCUACUGGUGAAUGAUAUAUGAAUGGUAUUUUUUAUUUUUUUCUACUCUCAAAGUAUAUCCAUAUAUAGUGUGAUAAUACAUUUUUGGCAUUUACAUUAUGUGAGGGGAUGGCUUCUGAUUAAAAAAUUCUGUAACAAAUUUUUUUUUUUUUUUACUACAGAAUACAUUGGUGAUGAUACAUACAGCCUUGGACACUAGUGAGUAUUUGGUGUAAAUACAUGCCUGAUGCAAGUCCUCCCCUACUGGAAGACGACUGGUCACAUCAUGGCAUGGAUUUAUUGAGGAAGUGAAAACUUUUGUAAGAAAAGCCUUGGUUCCACCAUUAAGAAUGAAUUAUGGCUAAUAAAAUCUCUUGUCCUCAUUUAACCCAACUGCUAGGGCAGUAGGCCAGGCUGUAGGGCAGUAGGACAGGCUGUAGGCCAGUAGGAAAGUAAGGCAGAAGGACUGUACGGCAGGCUGUAGGGCAGUAGGAUAGGCAGUAGGACAGUAAGGCAGGCUAUAGGGCAGUAGGACAGGUUGUAGGGCAGGCUGUAGGGUAGUAGGACACGCUGUAGGACAGUAAGGUAGUAGAAUAGGCUGUCUGGCAGUAAGGCUGUGGGACAAUAGGGCAGUAGGACAGGAAAGUAAGGCAGUUGGGCGGUAGGACGGUAGGUCAGUAAGGGUGUAGGAGAGUAGUAAAGCAGUAGGACAUUAAGGCAGUAGGACAAUAAGGCGGUAAGGGAGUAGUAAAGCAGUAGGACAUUAAGGCAGUAGGACAAUAGGGCAGUAAGGCAGUAGUAAAGAUGUAGGGUUGUAUGGCAGUAGGACAAUAAGGCAGUACGACAGUAAGGCAGUGGGCUGUUCACUUGUGUGUUUAAUCAUUAACUUUUUCACAGAUAUACCUCUCAGGAAAGGGGGUUUCCCACCUCGUUGUGGGCACAAAUAGUUUGUCAGAUUAUCUGUAUGAUAAAAAGUAUUUGAUAGAGACUGCCAGAUAGGCCUUCAACAGCCCCCUCUGAUCUGGUCUGUAACUGGAAUGGUGACGUCUCUUAUUUUCUCAUUAGAAAGGUUGUGAGAGAUGCUGAAAGAGACACACAAAGACAGGGCAUUGUUCAACUACACUCUUGUUAAUAAAGAACACACAUCUGGGA